AUGGGCGGGGGCAAGCUCUUCGAUCUCUCAACCUCUCUCUCGGAGUACCCUCUUGAUGGGUCACGAUGGCGCUUGUGGCAGGUGUGGGUGGUGAUUGGAGGGGAAUGGAAGGGGAUAAUGGUCUUUGAAACCCGAGAAGAUGUUUUGAAGUGGGCUCGAAUGGUUGCCCAUGAAAAUGGUUUUGUUGUAGUAAUUAUGAGGUCUGAUACAUAUACUGGCAGCAGAGGAAGAACUUCAUUUGUCUUAAUUGGGUGUGAAAGGAGCGGUAAGUACAAGGAUAGGAAGAAAGAAUUUGUUAGAAGAGACACAGGUACUAGAAAAUGUGGUUGUCCAUUUAAGAUUCGUGGAAAACCAGUGCAUGGAGGUGAAGGUUGGGCGGUGAAGCUUAUAUGUGGGAUUCACAACCAUGAAUUGGCGAAGACCUUAGUUGGACAUCCAAAUGCUGGGAGAUUGACAAAUGAUGAGAAGAAUAUCAUUGCUGAUAUGACGAAGUACAGACUCCCAUUGCUUGACAUUGUGGGGGUGACACCAACCGAGAUGACUUUCUCUGCUGGGUUUGCAUAUAUGGAGGGUGAGCGCGUGAACAAUCUUGUAUGGGCAUUGGAACGGUUUCACAUAGACAAGAAUGUAAAGGCAAAGUGUAAAUCGCUUGUUGGUCAAAAGAAUGUUUGGGACUACGUAAUGGAUAACUGGGGUAACCUGGUAGAUUGUCCUUUGGAACAGGAGUUCCCUGAGCACCUUCAAAGCAACACCUCAGUCAGACCCAGUGCAUCAUCUUUUGCACCACCGAAGCCAGCAAGGAUGAUCCCCAUGCUGGAUCAAUUUCCGCCAUUUAUGCAUGGUUUCAUUGAGGAUGUUGUUGAUGUGAAAGCGGAUGACUACAUAAAGAUCUUUGGUGGCACGGAGAGAUAUGAACAGCUGAGGUUGUCCCUACACGUGGAUGGGUUAUCCAAGGUUAGUAUGGACAAAUGGAUGGAUAUAACGAAUAUGAGAUAUGUUUUUCUGAAAGAUCGUUGUCCCUUACCGCCUAUGGCGUUGUUGUGGUCAAGCAAUGCGUAUCCGGAGGCAAAACAAUAG